CAUCCGCCGACCUCAUGAAGCCGCUGUCGUUUAAGCCCAGACCCUCUAAGAUUUCUAGAGAAUUUGAUUUUUAGUCGAGUGUCAAAACGUUGCUUCCUCCCUAAAACUCUAGUACCCUAUCUAUCUUGCUCCGCAAUCGGCAGUGGACUGAAUUUCUGUCACAAUUAGCAGAUCCGGCCAGCCUCCAGAUCUCAAAAAAUACAUGGACAAGAAACUCCAGAUCAAGCUGAAUGCAAAUCGGAUGGUUGUUGGUACACUUCGUGGGUUUGAUCAGUUUGUGAAUAUAGUGGUUGACAACACUGUGGAGGUGAAUGGCAAUGAGAAAAUUGACAUAGGCAUGGUUGUGAUUGGAGGGAAUAGUGUUGUUACUGUUGAAGCACUUGAACCUGUAGGCAAAAUGCAGUGACUCUGGUUUUUCUAUUGGAAAUUUGGAAAUCGCUUGAUGUAUCUCUCUUACUCUCUGUUGUUUGGAUAGCCUCAGUGCUAGCCUGCUAGUUUGGGGUGGGAUAUGUUAAGUAAUUGAGAAUUUGUAGGAAUGGAUCUCUGUGAAUUUUGCUCUCUCAUUUUCUUCUCUUUGCCUGAUGGAUUGCCCUUUGUGCAAUCCAGAUGGGUUUAAUUGAAUGUAGAGAAGGGUAGCAAUGAUACUUAUUUUAAAUGCUCAGGCCUGGAUUGGGACUUGUUCUUUUCUAUUUGUUAAAGCUUGUUUCUGGUCCUUGAUACCCUUUAAUGUAUUCACUCACUUUUGCACCUGGAGCUUGGCAUUAGAUGAAUUUCUAUCCAAUGUUGAUAACACCUUUAUUUUUUCAGGAAAAAAAUGCUUUUUUUUUUUUUUGAAAGAGGUAUCUGAACUCUGCAAGCUUACCCCCAUGUAGCUUAGUGAAAAAGGAACCAUGUUGUAAGCCUCAGAAAAUUUCCUUUUCACUAUUGAGAUAUGGAGUAACCAGAAAACUUGAGCAGUACAUAUCAUUUGCUUCAGAUAUAAAACUGGACUAGUCAGAGAUGCUGUUGUCGUUCCUUCGAGGGAAGCCACUCAGUUGGAUUAAUUCCUAUAAUAUGCAUUUUUAGCUCAUGAUUUGGUUUGUAAUCUGAUGAGGCUUUCUCCUAUUUUCAAAGAUUUCUUUGAUAAAAAGGAAAUAAAAGGGUACCUCUAAAAGUUGCUCUAGAUUCGUUUGGAGCCGUUGGAUUUUGGCAAAUGUAAUUUGCAUCGAGAGUCGAGCAAAACAAAUUGGCUUGUAUAGAAUUUGAGAUUUAAUUUAAUCAAGUCAUCAAAUUUUAUAUAAAUUUUGAGAUUUAAUAUAAUUAAUUUAGA